GGCACUAAAACGGGCUCGGGCCGCGAUCGGGUCACGAUCGUGGUGCGUUCGUGGGUGCGCGGCCGGUGGCGGGACGCGUGCGGCACAGAAUCCGGACGUGGGUUGACCGGCAAGAUGGCAAGAAAAUGUUACCGACCGGGUCGGGCGCGUUAGUAGCGAUUCGAACGUUCAGAACAUUCGAUCGGAGCGCGCGCGCGUGUUUUGCUUGCGUGUGUACCGUUGGACAGAGGCGCGCGUUAGUUCCGUCCGCCGCUAGCAUUUUCCACCGCCGGGAAGUUUUCGCCUGGGAACCUGGGUGGGUGCAUUUUUCCCCGACCACCAAACCACGAAGGGCUCGGAGCGAUCGCUCUGGGCUCGCUUGGAUGAACUCGAGGCGCAGCUGAACUUUACCGGCUCGUGUUGUUGAUCCUUCGCGCAUGUUAGAAGGAUUCAUUUGCAGCAAGUGUGAUCCUAGUGGACAGUUUGCUUUCGCGUGUUGGGGUGCAUGUGUAUCCGGCAAAGAUUCCGGUGUUAGUUCCGGUAUAGUAUAAUCGUCGUCGAAAAAAACGAAAACGAAGUGUGUGUCUGGUGUGCGUAGCCGAAACGGAGAGCCAUGUUGAGGGCCGCGGACCCCACGCUACCGGGGGGUCUGGAAACUAAGGGCACCGUCCACCGGAGGCGUCGAUGUUCCGUACGCUCGGGAACACUCUGCUUGGUGACACUUUUCCUGACCUGUUUGCUUCAGCUAGUACAACCAUCAACGGCAGCGGUCUGCAACCAGACAGUAUGUGACUGCAAAGGAUUGAAGGGUUACCAGGGACAGAUUGGAGCGCACGGUGUACCUGGACAGAGCGGAGAUCCCGGAGACAUUGGCCCCGAUGGUCCACCCGGACAGCGCGGUGAUAUAGGAAAUCGUGGCGAAAUGGGUACGAGCGGUCCGAAAGGAUAUCGAGGUGAUGCUGGCGAGCGUGGACCAAUGGGUGUGCCGGGAUACGCGGGGCUUCCCGGUGAGCCCGGUUACCGAGGGCCUUUCGGUAUCGAUGGUUGCAACGGUACGGACGGUGCAAUGGGACCGCCCGGCUAUCCAGGUAUUCCGGGCGAACGUGGACCGCAGGGUCCACCCGGUGGUAUCGGUCCACGGGGAGACUCCGGUGAAGGUGGCAUUAACUCGAAAGGCACCAAGGGUGAUCGUGGAGUGGCCGGUAUUCCCGGUGUGCCGGGGCUGCCGGGCUGGCAGGGCGGUCGUGGUGCCGAUGGAUUUGACGGAGAAACCGGCCCACCUGGAAACGAUGGACUGCCGGGGUUGAAAGGCGAACGGGGUGAACCGAGCGAUGAUUUCUGUCCCGGGGAACCGGGUGACCCCGGUGAACCGUACCACUAUUGGGGUGGUAAAAACGAAACGGUCAGCAGAGGCAUGCCGGGGCCGAAGGGUGACCGUGGAAACGAUGGAAUGCCGGGUUUGCCCGGAAUGAAGGGUGACUCGGGCAUGCAGGGCGAGCGUGGUCAGAAAGGCUUCAAAGGUGAGGAGGGCAAGUUCGGAGAUCGUGGCAAGCAGGGCAAGGAAGGGCCCCCGGGUGCGCCGGGCGAGAAGGGAGAGAAAGGUGCGCCCGGAUAUGCAGGACUGGAUGGAAUGCCGGGCGAUAAGGGACCGUCAGGAGACGAUGGGCGGCCGGGAUUGCCGGGAGUGCAAGGACCACCAGGACCGAAGGGUGAAUACCGGCCCGAGCUCGCUCCAAUCGUAAUUGGACCGCAAGGACCGCAGGGAGAUAUUGGACCGCCCGGUCGGCCGGGCAACGUCGGCAUUCCCGGCAACAAGGGUCUCCGUGGACCGAUGGGACCUCCCGGACCUCCCGGCGAUCCAGGACUUAAUGGACGGCAAGGUCCGAAAGGUAUCUCACCGCCCGGCCAGCGUGGUGACGACGGUGAAUCAGGUCCACCGGGCUUGGUAGGCUCGCGUGGUACACCGGGAAAUGCGGGACCGAAGGGUCAGGUAGGUUUCCCGGGCCGAAAUCUGCAGGGACCGAAGGGCGAACCAGGCACGAACGGAUUGAACGGAGAGUUUGGUGAGAAAGGUGAUCAGGGCGAUGCUGGUGAGCCGGGAGACAAAGGUUUGCCUGGCAUCGGUGUGAACAUUACCGGACCGCAGGGACCUGCCGGUUUUCCUGGCCGGCCUGGACCGCCCGGCGAUCUGGGCUUCAACGGAUAUAAUGGCCAAAAAGGUGACAAGGGUUUCCGCGGAGAGGAUUGCGGCACUUGCCCACCGGGCCCGAAAGGCGUUAAGGGUGAGGAUGGUGACAUCGGACGCCCCGGACUCGAUGGGUACGAUGGUAACCGGGGUCUGCCUGGUCCACGAGGUUACCAGGGCACACCGGGCAAGCAAGGUCUGAGGGGUUUGUUGGGCCGCAAAGGUGAGCGCGGAGACUUCGGAGAACGUGGUGCACCGGGAGAACCGGGACGGCCCGGCGUAAUUCGGCGAGCGAAAGACUUUGUCGAUCUGACGCCCGAAUUCGGCGACCGAGGCGAUAGAGGACAGCGUGGUGACCAGGGUUUGCCCGGUGAUUUGGGUGACUUUGGCCCGGUUGGAUACCCGGGACGACCUGGUGAACCGGGCGAGUACGGUGACGAUGGUGAUUCGGGACGCCCGGGACAGGAUGGUCUGCCGGGUAUGGAUGGCCGCGAUGGCAUGCCGGGACGGAACGCCUAUGUGAACGAGUACAACAUCUGGUCUAUUCGUGGCACGCCUGGUAUACUGGGUGACAAAGGUGCCAAGGGAGAGCGCGGUGACCAGGGCGAUCGUGGUGAGCCGGGUGCAAUGUCCGAGAUGACGUACAGCAUCGCCGGUGCCAAGGGUAUAAAGGGAAGCAUGGGAGACCCCGGACCGAAGGGUGAAAAGGGCUACAAGGGAGAGAUGGGCCUGCAUGGAUUGCGUGGGCUGGACGGACCGGCCGGUUUGCCGGGUCUCAGCAUUCAGGGACCGGAAGGAUACAAGGGUUACUACGGUGUGAUUGGUGACCAUGGACCGGCCGGCAUAACCGGUGAGGAUGGACUGCCCGGACCGGAUGGUAUUCCUGGACUGCAGGGACUGCGCGGUCAACGAGGUGACCCGGGACGACCGAUCCUGAUGGGCGAAAAGGGUGUGGAAGGCGAAGGAGGCUUUUACGGCGAGAUCGGAGACAAAGGAUUCAAGGGACCGGAAGGUAUUCGUGGCCUGUCAGGUGAUACGGGAGUGAAGGGCGAGCGGGGCGAUCCGGGACCGUUCGGUGCACCUGGUCUGCGCGGCAACAAGGGUCAGAUGGGAGACAUCAUCUAUGGUGAUCGAGGAUUGCCCGGAUUGCCGGGACGCGAUGGUUUGCAGGCCCCGUACGGUGACAAGGGUGAACGCGGAGAGCCGGGCAUGGAAGGAUUCCCCGGACCGAAGGGCGAGCGAGGCGAGAUCGGGCGCGAUGGACUACCCGGACUGCCGGGCGACGAUGGAUUGCCGGGUGAGCGAGGCCUACAGGGACGUAUGGGCGACAUGGGCGAGGAAGGCGAACUGGGAGAGCGUGGUUUUACUGGUGACCAAGGACAUCCGGGUCUUACCGGCGCUCGCGGAUUGCCGGGAUUGCGUGGACCGAAAGGACCGUCGGGUGAUCCGGGAGAUAUGGGAUUCCCCGGUCGGGAUGGUGCCCCGGGUCGGAAGGGAGAGCGCGGUGAUUUCGGUGACGUAGGACCACGUGGCCGCAAGGGUAGCGCAUCGUUCAGCGGCAUGAAGGGCGAGUUGGGAGAGCCGGGAAUGAUGGGCCCGCCCGGAUACAACGCACGACCCGGCAUGAUGGGUCGGAAGGGUGAGGAAGGAGACGCCGGACAGGUGAUUGAUGGUUAUCAAGGUGUGAAGGGACAGAAGGGUGCACCCGGUUUCCCCGGCAUUCCUGGUCGGCCAGGAGCGAAGGGUGAGCGUGGCGAUGUUGGUGUGUUUGGGCCGAAAGGAAUCUCGGGCGACAAAGGACGCGACGGAUAUCCGGGCAUUGCCGGUCGUCCGGGACGGCCGGGACCUCGCGGACCGGUCGGGCUACGUGGUGAGCAAGGAUCACGCGGAGAAACCGGAGAUCCUGGUGACGACGGUCCGGUGGGAUUCGUCGGUAUGAAGGGUAUGCGUGGAGAUGUUGGUCUGGUGGGACCUACCGGAUUGCCUGGCAUGGAUGGUGAUCCAGGUUUGCCCGGCAUACCCGGCAACGUUUUGCAGCGCUCGGCACAGCAAGGUGACCAGGGUGACCCCGCACCCGAGGGCCCGGAAGGUGAUCAAGGACCUCCCGGACUUAAGGGACAGCGAGGCUAUCCGGGCCGGAAGGGUGACCAGGGAUUGCCAGGAUUCGUCGGUCAGGUUGGCAGGGAAGGAAACGACGGACCGAAGGGACAGCGCGGAGAUCCAGGUAUGAAGGGACAGCCCGGCGAGCUAGUGUCGCGGCCCGAACGCGGUGAUCAGGGAGAGGCCGGUUACGAUGGUUUGACGGGACGCCCGGGACUUCCUGGCAAUAAGGGAGCACCGGGUGAGUAUGGUGCCUACGGACUGCCAGGUCCGCAAGGUCAGCCAGGCUUCGUGAACAGUGCACUGAAAGGAAGGAAGGGUGAGAUUGGAUUCGAAGGAGCACCGGGACAGGAUGGAUUGCCAGGGUUGCCAGGAUUGGAUGGUGUGAUGGGACCUCCGGGACCACGAGGCAUGGCCGGAAGCAUCGGUCAGAUUAUGCCCGGUUUCCGGGGCGAUAUGGGCGACGAUGGCUUGCCAGGGCUGGAAGGUAUGCCCGGCCCGCCGGGCUUCCCGGGCGAUCGAGGAUUACCGGGCCUGCCUGGGCUGAGUGGCCUGCCCGGACCAAAGGGACAGCAGGGAGAUGAAGGCCUCGAAGGUUAUCACGGUUUGGUUGGGCUGAAGGGUAUGAAGGGAGAGGUGGGCGAUCUGCCUCCACUUUCGAAUUGGCGCCCAACACAGCCCGGCGAUCGAGGUACGCCCGGUGCACGUGGUGAACCUGGCGACGAAGGUGACAUUGGACCGCCAGGCUAUCCGGGAAUGCGUGGCCCGAAGGGUAUGCAAGGCCUGCAGGGAGAGGAGGGCGCUACUGGCGAGGUCGGUUUCAAGGGAGAGAUGGGUAUCGCCGGUCCACCGGGACGCAGCGGUAUCGAAGGACUGCCCGGAUUGCCAGGACUACCUGGCGAUCCGGCCGCACCUCCUCCGCCGCCAAAGAACUUGGGAUUCAUCUUUGCCCGUCACUCGCAGAAGGUUACGAUUCCUGAGUGUCCCAUCAAUACGUUCAAGCUGUGGGAUGGUUACUCCCUGGUCAAUGUCAUCGCUAGCAGUCGCUCCAGCGGACAGGAUCUCGGUACUGCCGGCUCGUGUCUGCGGCGGUUCAGCACAAUGCCGUUCAUGUUCUGUGAUAUUAACAACGUGUGCAAUUACGCCUCGAACAAUGACGACACAAUAUGGUUGGCCACACCCGAGCCGAUGCCGAUGUCGAUGGCACCGAUUCCGGCGGACCAGGUCGAACGGUACAUCUCGCGUUGCAGCGUCUGCGAGUCCAACACGCGCGUGAUGGCACUGCACAGCCAGUCCAUGAGCAUUCCGGACUGUCCCGAAGGCUGGGAAGAGUUGUGGCUUGGAUACAGUUAUGCGAUGCACACGUCGGAUAAUUCCGGAGGUUUCGGACAGGACUUUGUGUCGCCCGGAUCAUGCAUGGAAGAGUUCCGCCCACAACCGGUUAUCGAAUGCCACGGACAUGGUACCUGCAACUUCUACGACGGUAUUUCCUCCUUCUGGUUAACGAUCAUCGACGAUGACAUGCAGUUCAACAGGCCGCAGCAGAUGACCCUCAAAGCACAUCAAACCAGCAAAGUGAGCCGAUGCAUCGUAUGUCGUCGAAAGGCGGGCAUUAUGCGCGCACUGCACGGAGGCAGUUCGAUAACUGCCUCGGCUCUGCGCAGACCAGAGACGGCCACUGUGACACGCCCUCUGUAUCCGCCAGCACCUCCUCCACCAGCGGGUUCCAGGAGACGAGUGUCACCGGGCAGACAACGUAACCGCAACCGCAACUACCAGGGCUAGUGACGGUGAAGGGGGCGGCUAGCGAGUAGCAAACGUUUGAUCGCUUUCCGGAUGUGCAAGCGAGUGUAUGUGCCAUUAGCGUUCGCUGAAUUUACGCAACAGGGUUAGGUUGUCAUUAAUAAUUUUCCUCCAUUUUACACGUUACAUCCAGCAAAGGGAUAGCUGCUCACAGGAGCCGGAUGUAGUAGUAACUGUUGUGUUCUAACAUAAAAAAAAACAAACUGCCAAGUAAAGUUUUAGCCAAAAGCAGAGACCGUCAUCAAAUGCAAAGUCAGAGAACGUAUACUACCAACAGAUGCGAAUCGUUCCCUACUAUUCCCAGUUCUCGUGUGUUCCUGUGGUGGAACGGAGUUCCCAACCGCGCCCCAUUUCUUUAGUUUUGUUUUCUGUACCGCUAACGUACCGUUUCCUUUUUUUAUCCUUGUAACAUUCUUGUACAUGCCUGUGAGAUGGUACUGACGUACUCUUACCGUACUCUAUCAUCCGCAGCAUCAGCUUUAGUAAGUUAGAGAACAACAAACAGAAAGAAAAACCAUUGAAACGAAUAUGUAAACGAAUUUUAUUCGCUUAAUAAAAACUACAAAACCUA